CAGUGCACCGGGGCCACCGAGCCGGCGAGCCCGAUGUCGCUGGUCGCCUACGACGCCUCCUCCGACGAGGAAGACGCCGGCGGAGAACCGCCGGCCGCCGUCGCCGCCGCCUCUCCUCAUCCCGCUCCCGCAUCAAUCGGACCUCAGCCGAGGCCUCCGUCUCCCUCGACCUCUGUUCGCGCCGCUCCCCAGCCUCCGGCCCCCAGCCAGAAUAUUUCUUCCACUAGUUCAGGCAAUAUCUCCCUGCCCACACCAUCGCUAGACCUUCCAGAUGUUGCAGAUCUGUUUUCCUCCAAUCCUCUUCCCUCUGGAGGUUCUACUGCUACUGUGGACAGUACAUCAAGGAAAAGAGAAUCAAAUGGAUCUGCCUUUCUAGACCCACGCAGUAAAUUUCCAAGGGUUCAAUCGGCACAGACUCGUGACACCAGGAUUGCUGCUGGGAACACCUUAGUUCCACCACAGCUUAGAGGAAGGAGCAAUGUUGUCACUGAAGAUAUGAGCAAACUAUUUGUGGCUAGACGCAAAGAGUAGUGCUGAUACUUUUGUUAGCCUCUAAUUGUACUCCAUCAACAAAUCUAUUGCGCCCCAUGGACUCAGAAGGACAUGAUUGGAGAAGUUUUGCUAUGUGACCUAAAAUCCGGAAAAAAGUGGGAUUGUAUUAAUAGAUAGGGAAUGCUCUCUUUUCUGGUACCAUGUAGUGGCCAUGUCUAUGAUAUUCACUUGAAUUUAUGAGCAGAUCAUGAUCUGUUGUUGAAA